AUGGAGCCCAGGGCCCCCAAGACCCCCGAGGAUGGGGACCCAGAGGAGGACACAGCCACGGCCCUCCAACGGCUGGUGGAGCUGACGGCCACCAGGGUGACCCCGGUGAGGAGUCUGCAAGUCCAGUACCGCCUCAUCCGAAAGCUGGGCUCCGGCUCCUACGGCCGUGUGCUCCUCGCCCAGCCCCGCCAAGGGGGUCCAGCCGUGGCUCUGAAGCUCCUACGUCGGGACUCGGUCCUGAGAACCACCUUCCUGAGGGAGUUCUGUGUGGGCCGCUGCGUCUCCUCACACCCGGGCCUGCUGCAGACCCUGGCGGGACCCCUGCAGACCCCCAGAUAUUUUGCCUUCGCCCAGGAGUAUGCGCCCUGUGGGGACCUCAGCGGGAUGCUCCAGGAAAGGGGCCUCCCCGAGCUGCUGGUGAAGCGGGUGGUGGCCCAGCUGGCUGGAGCUCUGGAUUUCCUCCACAGCCGGGGGCUGGUCCACGCAGAUGUCAAGCCGGACAACGUGCUGGUCUUCGACCCCAUGUGCAGCCGUGUAGCCCUAGGUGACCUGGGUCUGACCCGGCCAGAGGGCAGCCCAACCCCUGCAUCCCCAGCCCCACUGCCCACCGCACCACCCGAGCUCUGCCUCCUGCUGCCGCCUGACACCCUGCCCCUGCGGCCAGCUGUGGACUCCUGGGGCCUGGGGGUGCUUCUCUUCUGUGCGGCCACUGCCUGUUUCCCUUGGGACGUGGCACUGGCCCCCGACCCCGAGUUCGAAGCUUUUGCAGGCUGGGUGACCACCAGGCCCCAGCCGCCUCAGCCACCACCACCCUGGGACCAGUUUGCACCCCCGGCUCUGGCCUUGCUCCGGGGGCUUCUGGACCUGGAUCCUGACACUAGGAGCCCUGCAUUGGCUGUCCUGGACUUCCUGGGGGACAACUGGGGGCUAGAGGGGAACAGAGAGGGACCCGGGGGCUUGGGGAAUGAGUCCUAUGAGGGUGGUGAGGAGGGGGAAGAGGGAGGGUCAAGCUUGGAGGAGUGGACAGAUGAGGAGGAUGAUGACAAAAGUGGCAGGAAGACAGGGACAGAUGCGGGAGCGCCCUUACCAGGUGACUGAGACAGGUGGCCAGAGCCUGGGCCAAGGGCCCUUCCCCCAGCCCCCUUGGCCACCUGGAUGGGGAGACAGCUGCUCCCGGGACAACGGAGGGAACACACUGCACCUCUCCCUCCUGAGUGCUUGACCUGAAUGUGCAACCCCCCUCCAACCGAGGACC